AUGACAGUACCAACCAGUGAUAGUAUUGGUGUUUCUUCGGCUUCAGUACAGACCCACACAAGGGUCAAAGGUACACUUCCAAAGCUGGGGAAUGUGACUACAGUCAUCGAUACAGUCUCUGGACAGAAGAAACCUUCCCAACCAAAGAAAAUAGAUAGCCUGGUUGACGUGGAACGGACGGAAAUCACGGUCGCCUAUUAUAGGUUCCCGGGAGACCUAAAGGUUUACGCCUACUCCACUAUUCAGUUCAUACGUGAGUGGGACCCCCGUCUGGGGAACCAGUCUUCAGAUGAACACCUGCUGUUUGCUGACGCCUUCAAAGCAACAGUUGAGCCAUACUACAAAAAGCCGAAGAAUACUGGAUUUCACAAUCUGGAGGUUCUCACCUUAAGGGAAGGCAACACUGUGAGACCCCACGUGGUGGUUGACUUCAGGGUGAUGUACAACUACACCCAGCUCAUGACAGCAGGCGGGUACUGUAACGUUCUGGACAUGACCGGUCUGCCUGUCACUGUACGGGCGGGCGAACUCAUCGUGGACGGCACCAGGAGCAUUUUAGGAACGGAAGUGACGUACCCAAGCCACACAGAGAUCAGUGAGAGUGCAUUACAGCUAGUUCUGAAGCAAAGAAACCCGUGCAAAUACUUCGACUGCAGUCCCGGUUACAGCUGCAAGAGGGACGGGGAAGACUUCUACUGCCUUUCUGAGUGUCUCCAGAAGUAUUGUGAGAACAACGCGCUUUGUAUUCACCAGAAUGGCUCCUUGCCAUCCUGCAGGUGCGAGGCAGACCCUAUUGGCUGGUACAACGGAGAACGGUGCCAACUCUAUAUCCCACACCUGUGGGUCCUGAUGGCAGGAGGAGGGGCGGCUGGGAUCAUCGCCCUCACCAUCUUUGUACUGUCCCUCUGUCUGUGUAUGCAAUGUUGCCGUCCCAAACCCAAGCCGGUGGAGAAACCACCCCUCAAGGAGAAGUCAGUCAAGAAAAAAAAGUCUGAGAAGAAAAAGCGGAAGAUGGACCAAGACAACUGGUCUUUUGGGUCUGAUAUGGAUAGUGAGUCCACUUGGUCUGACCCCGAGUCAUUGUUCCGACACAACUGGUACCCUGGGUCCUCUCGCCUCUGGUUUAACUCUUCGUACAAGAAGCCGAUGUUCCCGUACGCACCUGGAGCUGUGAAGCCUGGAUACAAAUGGAACCCUACCUUGGCUAUAGGCAACUCGCAUGUUGGAAAGCAUUUCAAGAUGCCGAGACCAACAGUACUCUACGAGCCAAGGUUUUACCAACGCUACUGACUCGACCUGGCAAUAGUGUAUAUAAUAUAUAGUGACUGCACUUAUAUCUAUAUAACGCUCACCACUAAUCAACGUUUUCUAUAUUGUAAAGAUUGAAUUUUAUAUUCUGUAUAUUCAUCUCAAAGAUACUCAAGUUACUUCGUCGACUGGCAAUGGAAAAGUAUGCGACAUAAAUAUCCUUGUUUCAGUAUUGGUUUAAAUACUGGGUGCUUGUUUGGAAAUGUUGGUGUUUGACAUGUGCAAUCUUAACUACUUGUCUGGUAAACCAGCUGGAUUUAAAUUUCCAACGUUCAAUUGUAACGGUCGCAUGAUGUGUACAGUAGUAUUCAAUAUCUUUACACGUAUCAGAAUUUCAUUGUACGAAAAAUAAAUUCAUUCUCUGUACAUUGUACGUUUUGCUUUUUACACGGGCAAGUAA